AUGGAGCGCAGGCGCGCUGCCGGGGUUUCCAUGGUGAUGGUAAACACGCCCAACCGCCUGGACCACAACGGCCAGCCACGAAAAGCGGCCGCUGAGCUGGUGGGAAGGCUGCGCUGUCAGGUGUCGGUGAUGCUGGGCCCCGGGGGAGGCGAGGGCUCCGUGGUCAAGCUCCGCGGGCUGCCCUGGUCCUGCUCGGCCGCCGACGUGCAGAAUUUCCUCUGCGGCUGCGUCACCCGCGACGGGGCGGCCGGCAUCCAUUUCAUCUACACCAGGGAAGGCAGGCAGAGCGGCGAGGCUUUCGUCGAACUCGAGUCAGAAGAGGACGUGAAACUGGCCCUGAAGAAAGACAGGGAGAGCAUGGGUCACCGGUACAUCGAGGUGUUCAGGUCCCACCGAGCCGAGAUGGACUGGGGGUUGAAGCGCAGCGGCCCGAGCAGCGGCGACGCGGCCCAGGACGGCUUCGUGCGGCUGCGAGGCCUCCCGUUCGGCUGCACCACGGAGGAGGUCGUGCAGUUCUUCUCGGGGUUGGAGAUCGUGCCCAACGGGAUCACGCUGCCUGUGGACGCGGAGGGCAAGCUCACCGGGGAGGCCUUCGUGCAGUUUGCGUCCCAGGAGUGGGCGGAGAAGGCCCUGGGGAAGCACAAGGAGAGGAUCGGGCACAGGUACAUCGAGGUGUUCAAGAGCAGCCAGGAGGAAGUCAGGACGUACUCGGACCCCGCUCUGCGGUUCCUGUCCGUCCCGCGGCCGGGGCCCUACGACCGCCCGGGCGCAGCCAGGAGGUACCUUGGCGUCCUCAAGCAGGUGGGCUUGGAGAGGAUGAGGCCCGGCGCGGGCUACGGGGCCUACGAGGAGCACAGCGGCCUCAGCGACGGCUACGGCUUGAGCGCGGCCCUGCUGGGCAGAGACCUGAGUUACUGCCUCUCGGGGGUGUACGACCCCAGGUACGGAGAUGGCGCGCUGGCGGCCCCGGGGACCACGGGCCACUGCGUGCACCUGCGGGGGCUGCCGUACAAAGCCACGGAGAACGACAUUUACAGCUUCUUCUCUCCCCUCAGCCCCGUGAGGGUCCACAUUGAGGUCGGCCCCGAUGGCCGAGUGACCGGCGAGGCGGACGUGGAGUUCGCCACCCACGAAGAAGCGGCCGCCGCGAUGUGCAAAGACAGGGCCAACAUGCGGCACAGGUACAUCGAGCUCUUCCUGAAUUCCACGGCGGCGGCCAGCGACGGGGCGCACGGCAGCCAGGUGCUGCAAGGCCCGGGGGUGCCCGCCCCGCCCACCUGCGCCGGCCUCCAGAGCCCGCCCGUCGGGGGCUGCUUCGCGGCGGGGUACAGCGGCCAGGGCAGCGCGGCGGGGUACGACUAG